CUCGCAUAAUAAUAUUAUAUAGUAAAAAUGGCUUUCGUGUUUACUUGUUUAGAUUCUUUUUCGUCAUUUUUUAUCCUAAAAGAAAACAUAAAAAAAUACGAAGAUAGCAAUUUUACUAAAUUGUGGAUUAGAGAUGCCAGAACUAUCGAGAGUGCUAGAAAAUCUAUUCCUAAAAAAGCUGCUGAUAUGGCACCUCAAAUUAAAUACUAUUUCAUCAAGUAUUGUUGUAUCCAUGGUGGUCAAAAAUUUAAAUAUAGUGGCGAGGGAAAACGUAAAUCUUCAACUUUUAAAAAAGACUGUCCUUUCUACCUGCAUUUUAAAGCAUCAGAAGAUAGACAAUCAUUAGUUUUGCAAGAUAUGGAUAAUAAUCACAAUCAUGAAGUUUCUGAAAUUCUCUAUAAGCACCUGCCUAAUCAACGAAAGCUUCCAGAUUAUGCUAUUCAUAAAGCUAAAGAGUUAAUGAAGUUAAAGCCAAACAAAAAGCUGCUGCAAAAAGAAUUAAUUAGUUCCACAGGCAAAGUUAUAACUCUUAGAGAUAUAUCAAAUAUUGCUGCUUCUUCUCACAAAAAUGAUAGCCGGAAUGAUAUCACAUCAUUUGUGACAACUUUAAAAGAAAAAUAUAGUAAGUAGUAUUUAAAAUACCUUUGUACAGUUAUUGCUAUUAUAUUGUUUACUAUAAAUCUAUAAGCAUAUUAAUAAA